GUGACGUAAACACGUGUGCAUACGCGCGCUAUAGAGAUACAUAUAUUAUAUAUAUGUAUAUAUAUAUAUAUGCAUAUAUACGCACUAGCCUUUGAACACCAGUUAUCCUGUUCGAUAUAUGCUGCUGGUCAGUCUCGCGACCGGUGCGCGACGUUGUCUACGUGCGACCAUGUCCGCCGUCACGACGAAGAAGCCGGAAGUUGUGUUCGUCCUCGGUGGCCCGGGUGCUGGUAAGGGCACGCUUUGCCGCUACAUCGUCGACCACUAUGGUUAUGUGCAUCUGUCGGCCGGCGAUCUCCUGCGCGAGGAGCGCGCCAAACCCGGCUCGAUAUACGGCGAGCUCAUCGAGACUCACAUCCGAAACGGCACGAUCGUACCCGUGGAGAUCACUUGCAGUCUGCUCGACCGUGCCAUGCAAACAUCCGAGAAUCCGCACCACCGUUUCCUGAUCGACGGCUUCCCCAGGAAUCAGGAUAACCUCGACGGUUGGAACAAGGUGAUGUCGAACAAGGUCGUUCUGAAGGGCGUGAUAUUUUGCGAGUGCAGCCAGGAGGUUUGCACUCAGCGUUGCCUGAAUCGCGGCGCCCGCGGAAGCGGCCGGAGCGACGACAACGAGCAGUCCCUGAUUCUGCGUCAUCAAACGUAUCUGAAGAACACACUGCCCAUCAUCGAGAUGUACGAGAAACAGGGACUGGUUUACAAAGUCAACGGCAUGAAAACGCCGGAGGAGGUGUUUCAGGACGUUGCGGAUUACUUUCCCAAGAUAGGCUGGUAAUAGAUCAAAUUCUUUUUUGAUCUGUUUGAUUUUUCUCGGAUUUUCUUCGAACAUAUCUUGCGGAAACGGUUUUUUCUUGCGGUAUUAUUGUACUAUAUAUAUAUUUUACUUUUGAUAGAUCAGAGCAUAAUCUCUUUACUUUUUUUUUUUUUUUUUUUGGUGUAUAGUCAUUUUUUGAGAAUAGUAUUUCGACGGGCACUGGUUUCUUGGGACAUAAGUUUUAUUUGGAAUACAAGAUUCGUAGCUUGUAUUCUGUUUCACAAUCCAAUACUGUUGUUUUACUGCAAUUUUUUUUGUUUUUUAUAUAUAUAUAUAUAUAUAGGUGCAUUGGAACUUAUACACAUUCUGAACGGAAGAUUCCCUUACAGCUUACGGAGACAAUUGUAUUUAUAUUAAACCCACGCAGUGUAGUUGUACAACAAUUUGGAAUAUUUGUAAAUAUUCUAUGCCUGAACUAAUGCUAGUAGCGAAAUAUGAAAUUCUUUGAUACGAAUGUUAUUAGAACUUAGCAUUGGCACAUGAUUUAUAUACAUACAUACAUAUGUAUAUAUAUAUUUAUAAAAUAAUUUAUAUUUGUAAAAAUGAUAAUAGCUCAAGCAAAACGUUACUACCAUUAUUGAAUUGAAGAAAAAUUUAACGCGCGCGCGCGCGAUUGUUGACGCAGAUAUUGAUGCGAAGGGAUGUAAGAUAAUUGUGUAUUUUUCAGUUUUACACACAUGUAAAAAAAUAUAUUCAUAAUUACAUCCGA